AUGUUCAACGCCUGCUGCUGUGCUGAUUCUGGUCGGCAACUGUCGCAGCACACCGGCGAAGUCGCAGACGAGGCAAGCGCGAACCGGCGGUCCGCCCCUUUGAUUUCGGAAAACGUGCGAAACGAUAGCUCCCCAAAGCAGUACGGCGAUGCCAAUGAGGAGGCACGCCAAGAGAAGUACCUCGCCAGUGUGGGCAAGGACGAGGCUCCGACAGUCCGGGGUCUACAUCCGGCUCCUCGGUUGGCUUUACAGCCGUGGACGGCCGUUCAGAGGGCAAAGAAUCCUGAUGUAGACGAUCUUGGAUCGAAGUGCUACGACAGUACUUUCACUCUCGCAGCCUCGACGCGAUUUAGGAAGGUUCGGGUCUCCCCGCCCGUAGAUCUGUCCAUGCCCGUCGUUGCUGCAGCGGCAGAUAUCCUGGGGGGCCUUUCCGACUGGCAGCGGAGUUGGUGCACGGAAGAGGUGGUCUCGAUCUACGAGCGUGGGCGCCCGGGAGAUGUGCCAGCAGCGGGGCAACUUCUGGCCAAGGCUUUGCGCUGGCGUCAGCAGAACGAGGACAUCCUCGUUGGCAGGCGGCAGCCGAAGUGGGUUCAUGAUUGUCGGGUCCUGACUCACGGUGACGAAGGCCAUCCCUUAAUAUACGUGUGCAUGCGACAUCAAACCACUUUCUGCAAUUCCAACGACGUGGAGCAUUUUGCAGUCGUCAUGGAGGCUGCAGUGAAGGAGAUGCCUCCGACUGCGCAGCAGGUUGACUGGAUCAUGGAUUUUCAUGGUGCGGACUUCCGGAAUCAUCUCGAUCCGAGGGUUAUGAUAUCGAUCGGGGAAAUGAUGCAACAACCUUAUCGAGAUCGACUGCGAUCUGUCAUUCUUGUGGAUUUUCCAUUCAUACUUCGGCCUAUGAUGAAUAUUGCACUGCCCUUCCUGCCGGCGAAAACGCGAAACAAAGUGUAUCGUCUUUCUGCCGAUGCCGCAGUUGACCAGAUCAAGGAGCUUCAAGGACAUCGCGCAGCCCAGAUUGUCCAACAGGUAGUGCGGGAGAAUCGCAAUGACAGUGGUCCUGGCGCCUUGCCAAAAUCCUUGCCAAGCGAGACCCACUUCUGGAAAGGCGUGAACGUCGGCACCGGCCGCCUUGGGUCGCUGGCCGAGUCCAAGGGUGCCCCGGAGAGCAAUCGCGAGUGUGGUGUGCCCGUCGAAGAGAGGACGGAGAUCGCCCAGUAG